AUGGGCCGGCCGGCUGCGGCUGCUGCGAGCCGCACACUAGGUCGGGUUAGCAGCAGCAGCAGCAGCAGACGCGCUAACAGCAACUGCAGCUGUGACAGCAGCAGCAGCAGCAGCGGCAGAACAAUUAGCAGCUGCAGCAGCAGAACAAUUAGCAGCUGCAGCAGCAGCAGCUUUACCAGCAGCAGCAGCGGAGGCAACAGCAGCAGAAGCAGCACAGCGAGCAGCAGCCGCAGGCUGCAGCGGCCCCAGUCAUUGCCUUCCGCAGCAGCAGCAGCGACAGCAACAGCGGCAGCAUCAACCACAGCAGCAGCAACAGCAGCAUCAUUAGCAGCAGGAGCAGCAGCAGCAGCAGCAGCGCCGCUGCUAACUAGCAACAGCUCACUGACCACCGCAUUUGGCGCUCUUUUUAACACCAGUGGCAGCAGCAGCAGCUGUAGCAGCAGCAGCAGCAGCAGCAGCAGCAGCAGCAGCAGUUCUUGCGGCUUACAGAAACUUUCCAGCCAGCAGGAAACAGCUGCUGCUCCAGCAAAGGCAGCGGUAGGAGCAGCAGCAGCAGCAACAGCAGCAACAAGGGCACAAGUAACAGCAGGAACAACGCUAGCAGCAACAGCAGCAGCAACAGCAGCAACAACGGCAGUAGCAGCAGCAGCAACUGCAGCACCAGCAACACCUGUAGCAGCAACACUAGACCGCAACCACCGUGAGAUUGGCGGCGGCAGCAGCAGCAGAAACGGGUGCAGCAGCAGCAGCAGCAGCAGCAGCAGCAGCACCGUCAACAGCAGGCGCACUGUAACCCGGUGGAACCCCGAGCUGCUGACCGACCUGAGGCGCAAGCAGCAGCAGCAGCAGCAGCAGCAGCAGCAGCAGCAGCAGCAGCGGCAGCAGCAGCAGCAGAAGCAGCAGCAAAAUGUGGCAGCACACUAUCCGCCACACGGCAACGUGCUGCUGCGCACGCAGCAGCAGCAGCAGCAGCAACGGGCAGCAGCUGCUACUCGGCAGCCGGAAGCGCGGAGUGUACCUAUCUGUAAGCAGCGGCAGCAGCAGCAGCAGCAGCAGCAGCAACAGCAGCAGCAUCACGACCCAGCUGUCGCUGCAAAUGAGCGCCACAGACAGCAGCAGCAGCGGCUGCAGCAGCUUCAGCAGCAACUGGACCAGCUGCAGCAAGUUUAUCAGCAGCACAUGCGUCGUCAGCAGGAGCAGCAGCGGCUGCUGCUGCAGCAGCAGGCGCAGCUGCAGCAGCAGCAGCGAGCAGCAGAGCUGCGGUGGCUGCAGGAGCAGCAGCAGCAGCAGCAGUACCGACUCACUCGCUGGGCUAUGGAACAAGGGAUCGGGUCUGAGGCGGUGCAGCAACUGCUGCUGCGCCCGGUGCUGCAGCAGCAGCAGCAGCAGCAGCAGCAUUUGCUGCAGCAGCAGGAGGCUUUUCUCUUCCAGCAGCAGCCGCGCCAGUGCCUGGAGCCGCAGCAGCCCAGUGUGCAGCAGCUGCAGCAGCUGCAGCAGCCCAAGGCACAGCAGCAGCAGCAGCAGCAGCACCCCGCGCAGCCCCAGCAGCAGCAGCCCCCACUGCAGCAGCAGCAGCAGCAGCAGCAGCAGCAGCAGCAGGAGCAGCAAGACGAGUGGCUGUCGUCUUCUGUGGAGCUGUGGAGCGAGUGCAGCGGCAGCGACAAUGGCGAGGCGAGAGCAGCAGCAGCUUUAUUUGCUGCGCAGCAGCAGCUGGAUGUGGCAGUGCUUAAGCGGGCGGGGGCCUGGGGCAGCAGCAGCAGCAGCAGCAGCAGCAGCAGCAGCAGCAUCUGGCAGCUGCUGUGGCGCCUCUGGCUUGGCUGGCUCGAGGGCUACUUUGUUGCAUUUAUUGCUGUUGCAGAGUUUGCUGCGCUGCACACGCGGCGGGGCCCCGCAGGGGGAGCAGCAGCAGCAGCAGCAGCAAAGGCAGCAGCAGGACUGCGGGCUCCUGCUUCCUGGGGCCUGCGGUGUCUGUACACUUUCUGCUGGAGCCCGCCAGUUGCGGCUGCAGCAGCAGCAGCUGCUGCUGCCACAGCAAGCCAGCAGCAGCAGCAGCUCUCACAACUGCUGCGUUCCACAGCAGCAACGACAGAAAUAGUUGCUGCAGCAGCAGCAGAAAAAGCAGCAGCAGGCUGCGCCGCCUUCAGAGGCCUAGGGUCUACGUACACUGCAGCAGCAGCAGCAGCGGCAGCAGGGGAAUGGCGCCAUAUGCCAUCUAAAGACGGCAGCAGCAGCAGCAGCAACAGCAGCAGCAGCAGCAGCGCCAGCAGUUCGGGCAGCAGCAGCAGCCCGAACAGCAGCAGCAGCAGCAGCAGCAGCAGCAGCAAGAGCAGCAGCAGCAACGAAAGUCCCGCAGAAGUCUUGCUGUUGGCGACCUGGAGAUUUGCUGCAGCUCUUGGCUCUGGGGAUCGUUUGGCAGCAGCAGCAGCAGCGGCAAAUGCUGCUGCUGCUGCUGUUCGAGCAGCAGCUUCCUACGCUGCGCCUUCAUCUGCUGCACUUGUUUACGCAGUGCAGCAGGAGGCAGCUGCAGCAGCAGCAAAAGCUGGGGCAGCUAUUGCUGAUGCAGCAGCAGCAGCAGUAGCAGCAGCAGCAACCCGACCCAACGAAUGGACUCACCUGGACCUCCAAGCAGCGGAAGCAGCAGCAGCAGCUGCUGCAGCAGCAGCAGCAGCAAAACGCGCUGCUGCUGACUUCGAUAGCGUUGCUGCGUUGCAACGACUUUACAACGGAGACUCCUUGACAACGGCAGCAGCAGCAGCAGCAGCAGCAGCAGCGCCAUUGGCAGCAGCAGCAGCCAAUCCAGGAGCAGCAGCGGCAGCACCGCCACCGCAAGUAUUUGCAGCAACUGCAGCAGCAGCUUCACCGGCGCCAGAAGCAGCGCCAGGAGCAGCAGCAACAGCAGCAACAGCAGCAGCAGCAGCAGCAGCAGCAAAACCACUUAGGGUUUCAUCUUUGCCUACGAGCCGCUUGUCUCGUGUGUUUCACUUUGGUUCGCUGCUGCUGCAGCUCAGCAGCAGGUUGACUUGGAGGGCUUUGCUGCAGAAGUUUAGAUACCGCAGCAGCAGCAGCAGCAGCAGCAGCAGCAGCAGCAGAACUGCUGCUGCUGCUGCUGGCGACCUCACCGCAGGGCUCUCUGCGGAUGCCGCAGCAGCAGCGCGCCUCCUCAGCACCCUGCAGCAGCAGCAGCAGCAGCAGCAGCAGCAACCGCAAGAGCAGCAGCAGCAGCAGCAGCAGCAGCAGCAGGAGAUGUUGAUGGAUGAAACCACCGCGGUGCUGCUAACAAAUAAAAUUUGCCAAAUGAGAGGAGCAGCGCUGAAGUGCCUCCAGAUGCUAAGCACUGCUGGAGAUUUGCUGCCGGCGCCUCUCAUCGAUGCGCUGCAGCGCUCGCGAGAUGGAGCCGAUGCGAUGCCGCCGGGGGAGGCGGAGAAGGUACGAUAUGUGCAGCAGCAGAAGCAGCAGCAGCAGCAGCAGCAGCAGCAGCAGUAG